AUGGACAGCAUUACACAGGUAUAUAAACGAGUUUUCAUCAACGACAUUGACUCUUUCGUGUCAAAAUGUAUUGCAAAGCUUCUCUCUAAAAAUACGCUCGAAGCUGACGGCACCGUUUGGCCGCACAAUUACAGGGUUGUAGGGACGACUUCAUCUGACUCAGAAGAGCACAGACCAUACUUGGUCGAAGCCUACAUUCGGCCAAAAAGGGAAAAAAUUCUUCAAAAAUUGAUGGAAUGUGACAUUAUCAUAUACAACAUCACUCAGCAUCCGGACCAGGUAGAAGAAGCUCGCUGGGCAGUUACAGCCCUCCAUGAUAAAAAAUCCAAUUUUCAGCAAACAAAGAUGUUCAUCCUCAUUUCUACAGUCAUGACUUGGGCAUGCAGUGAGCCAAUUAAUUCUGAAGAAGUGGAGCUCCCUUUUACUGAUGAGGAUUUUAGAAGAAGAAAAGCUCAUCCAAACUUUAAAAAACACCUUGAACUGGAGAAAAUGGUUGCCAAAAUGGGGAAGACGGACAGAAUGUUGUUUUCCACUUAUGUUGUGGUGUCAGGUCUUCAAUAUGGAAUGGGAGAGCAAGCCUUCCAUCUCUUUUUCAAGAUGUCAUGGCUGGGCCAGGAAAAUGAAAUACCAGUGUUUGGAGAUGGCACUAACAUUGUCCCCACGAUUCACGUUAGUGACCUUGCAAGUGUCAUUAAAAAAAUAAUUGAGCAUCAGCCCAAGCCCUAUUACUUGGUAGCUGUGGACUAUUCCAACAACACCAUGGAGGACAUUGUUAAGACCAUUGCAUGCGCACUUGGAUUGGGGAAGAUCCGGAGAAAGCCAUUUGAAGAGGCCUUUCUAAAACAAGACCUGAGUAUCAUGGACAUUGAUUUGUUGCAAGUCAAUCUUUGCAUGGAAGGAGGCCAUCUCAAGGAACUGUUCUGUGUCCAGUGGUUAUGUGAGUUUGGCCUAGUGGAGAACAUAGAGCUUGUGGUGGAAGAGUACCGCCAAAACAGGGGACUGCUGCCCAUUCGUAUGUGUGUUCUGGGUCCUCCUGCAGUCGGGAAAAGCAGAGUGUGUAUGCAAAUAUGUGACCACUACAAGCUCCAUCAUAUCAGGCUGAAUGAGACAAUCUCUGAGACCAUCUCAAACCUGGAAUACUUUGUGAGGAACACUCUUUCAGAUGCAGAGAAUGAGGACUCAACAUCAGCUAUAGAAGCUCAGGACCUGCUGAAUUUUUUCAAGGACCAUAUAGAGCAGAAUGGAGGUUUUUUGGAUGACCAGGUAUUGGUGAAGGUGAUGAUGGAUAAGCUCAUGUCCAACCCUUGCAAAAACCAGGGCUUUGUUCUUGAUGGAUUUCCAAAGACAUAUGAACAAGCUAAAGAGCUUUUCCAUGUUGAGGACCAUGAAUCAGAGGAGAAAUCAUAUUUGAUUUCCUAUUGCAACAAGAAGAUAUUGCCAGAAUUUGUUAUAUGCCUUGAUGCAUCAGAUUCGUUUCUAAAAGAUCAGGUGAUCAACCUCUCUGAGAAGUUGGUGCAGGAAAAAAAAUAUGAGCAGGAACACUUCCUGCAAGUUUUAGCCAAAUACAGAGAGAAAAUCAUGGAAGAAGAAAGCAUCAUCAAUUACUUUGAAGACUUGGAUAUACAUCCAAUAUUAAUUGAGAUUACCAGCCUCAAUACACCUGACAGCCAAUUGCUGAUGCAUUCAAUCUGUGAGAGAGUGGGUAAACCAAGAAACUAUGGCGAGAGCAACCAGAAAGUACAGGAAGAGGUGAUGAUGCUGACAGAGAGUGUGAAAAAGGCAGAUAAGGAGCAGAAAGAGAUGGAGGAAGCCAAGCAGAGAUCUGCACACUGGGAGAUGUGGACUAAGACUUUAGAGGAGAAGAGGCAAUGGGAAGUGCAACAAUUGGAGGUUCUGUCCAUUCCAAUGAAGACGUACUUGACAGAGCACAUCAUAACAACUGUGUCUCAGGGCUUGGUGGCCUGUGGGUCAGCAUGGCCAGAAGAUCCACUAGAUUUCCUGGCAGAAUAUUUGAUAAAGAACCAUCCGUGA